UCCUUAGCCAAUCGCCUCCCGCGCCCUGAGCAUGCGCGUUGGUGCUCGCUGUUCUGCGCCUGCGCCGUCGGCUCUGCUCCUGAAGACUGCCGUGGAAGGGCUUCACCAUGGUUGUGGCGGUUCGGCAAAUCCUCGCGUACCUCUUCCUGUGGACGCUUUGUGUCCUGAGCAAACCCACCGAGAAGAAGGACCGCGUCCACCACGAGCCACAGCUCAGCGACAAAGUCCACGACGACGGGCAGAACUUUGACUACGACCACGAUGCCUUCCUAGGGGCUGAGGAGGCCAAGACUUUUGACCAGUUGACGCCGGAGGAGAGCAAGGAGAGGCUGGGAAUGAUGGUAGAUAAAAUAGACACGGAUAAGGAUGGGUUGGUGACCGAGGGGGAGCUGAAGGCCUGGAUUCAGAAGGCUCAGAAGAAGUACGUGUUUGACAAUGUCGAGCACCAGUGGCAGGAGUAUGACAUGAACCAAGAUGGCUUGAUCUCCUGGGAGGAGUACAGAAACGUGACCUAUGGCACUUACCUGGAUGACCCGGACCCAGAUGACGGUUUCAAUUACAAACAGAUGAUGACAAGAGACGAGCGGAGGUUCAAGAUGGCUGACAAGGACGGAGACCUGAUUGCCACCAAGGAUGAGUUCACGGCCUUCCUGCAUCCCGAGGAAUAUGACUACAUGAAGGAUAUUGUAGUGCAGGAAACUAUGGAAGACAUUGACAAGAAUGCAGAUGGCUUUAUUGACUUGGAGGAAUACAUAGGGGACAUGUACAGCCACGACGGGGAUGCCGAAGAACCCGAGUGGGUGAAGACGGAGCGAGAGCAGUUUGUGGAGUUCAGGGACAAGAACCGAGAUGGAAAGAUGGACAAAGAGGAGACCAAAGACUGGAUCCUGCCCUCGGAUUACGAUCACGCUGAGGCCGAAGCACGGCACCUGGUGUACGAGUCGGAUCAGAACAAGGACGGCAAACUCACGAAAGAAGAGAUUGUGGACAAGUACGAUUUGUUUGUGGGCAGCCAGGCGACGGACUUUGGGGAAGCGCUAGUACGACACGACGAAUUCUAAAGCCCUCUUUUUGUUGUUGUUCUUACGAAAAAAAAGAGGGGAAAAUCCCACGUAAUUAUUAUUUUUUUACUGUUUUCUGGAGGUAAUACACAGAGAAACUCCUCUCACUUCUACAGAGACAGUUUGGCAGUUUCCGGCAACUGUGCAGAGGAAACAACAAUAACAAAUCCCUCCAGUCUUUGCAGAGGGAUUUGGGAGCACAGUGUUUUGAGAAAAGAAAGAAAUAACAACCCCACUUUUCAGUUUUGCCACA